GAGGACUCCAAAUAGAAAUUUUAGUUGAGGACUCGAAACCUUCAAAUUUGCCAAUUAAGGACUUUUUUGUCACACUAUAAAUACCCCCUUUUCAUAAACCUCUCUUCAAACCAUCCAUAAAGCCCGUUUCCAUUCAUAUCACUAAAUUACUUUCAAUUUUCUUUCUUUUUUUCGUUCCUAUCUUCGAUAAUUUCGAGAAGAUGACUAUUCUCAUCGAGCAGCCUGAUCUCGCAGGGGUAGAAGUGGAAGGGAAGAAAAUGGAAACAAAUGAACUAGUACUAGAUGGAGGUUUUCCGAUGCCCAAAUUGGACGCACAUGGUGGAGGAUUUGAUGCCCCUGAGAUCAACGCAUUCGGUCAAUCUUUCAGGGACUACAAUGCUGAAAGCGAGCGACAGAAAACCGUAGAGGAGUUCUACCGACUCAACCACAUUAAUCAGUCAUUCGAUUUUGUGAAGAAGAUGAGAGAGAAAUACGGGAAACUAGACAAGACAGAGAUGAGUAUAUGGGAGUGCUGUGAGCUUCUGAAUGAAGUGGUUGAUGAAAGUGAUCCAGAUUUAGAUGAACCACAAAUUGAGCAUUUGCUCCAAACUGCUGAGGCUAUUAGAAAAGAUUACCCUCAUCAAGAUUGGCUCCAUUUGACUGCUCUCAUUCAUGAUCUUGGAAAAGUGCUUCUUCUACCUAGCUUUGGAGAGCUGCCUCAAUGGGCUGUUGUUGGUGACACUUUCCCUCUUGGAUGUGCUUUUGAUCAAUCCAUUGUUCACCAUAAGUAUUUCAAGGACAAUUCUGAUACUUACAACUCAUCAUACAACACUAAGAACGGUGUUUACGAACAAGGAUGCGGCCUAGAGAACGUUGUCAUGUCGUGGGGGCACGACGACUACAUGUACUUGGUGGCCAAGGAAAACGGGACGACUCUUCCUUCCGCUGCAUUGUUCAUCGUCCGCUACCACUCGUUUUAUCCUCUGCACAAAGCUGGAGCUUACACACACUUGAUGAAUGAGGAAGACAAAGAGAACUUGAAAUGGCUGCAGAUAUUCAACAAAUAUGACCUGUACAGCAAGAGCAAAGUUAGAGUUGACGUUGAGAAAGUCAAACCAUACUACCUCUCCCUCAUCGACAAGUAUUUCCCAGCAAAAUUGAAAUGGUAAGAAAUGUAAUGGCAAGUGAGCACAAGGAAGAAAAUUAGAGCAUUUAAUUACAAAAGGACCACCGGAGAAGAUGAGCGAUUUCGUAGCAUGGUUUGCUGUUGCAAAAAUCAAGGAUUAGAUGUACAUACAUACAUCCAACGACAAGAAAUGUGGCUCUUUCUUCUUAUUUUUCUCAUUUUUUUUUCAGUUUAAUUUUGUAAUAUCCAUUUGAAAUAAAUUUGUAAUUUUUCAUUUUGUAAUGGAAAAGGUUCUUUUUUUAUUUCUUUGUUUUCAUCUUGUUUGCAAUCAAGAGUGGUGGUACAGUACAAACCGGGGGAAUGGCAUAAGAAAAUGAAAUACAUUGAGUUAGUUGCACUGACCCCACCAUGUGAACUUCCUAGUUUAUUUUGCACGUGA